GACCAUGGAAGGAUCGCUAUAGGGACCUGCGACUCGUCAGCGGCGCUUAUUGUUCCAUUGGCAGCUCCGAUCUCUCCAGUGCGGAUUAUAAGAACAUGCAGCCCCGAGCAGGAAGGACUCCGCUCCUGACCCUCUGCCUGCUCUCUCACGUGUUGGCCGGAUUAUGUCUGGAUGGCAGAGCCCCGUGUCCGGGCAGCUGCACCUGUACCGGGGACACGGUGGACUGCAGCAACCUGGGGCUCUCCGAGCUGCCAGAUCACCUCCCCGCCUGGGCCACUCACCUAAACCUGAGCCACAACAAGCUGAAGGAGAUCGAUCCGGCCGCCUUUGUGGAGCUGCUGGGGCUACGGGAAGUGCAACUGGGGUACAAUGAACUGACCUCCAUCCCAUCUUUAGGAUCUGCUGCUUCCCAGAUUAUAAGUCUUUCUCUGCACCACAAUAAGAUCCGCAGUAUAGAAGCCAAAGAGCUGGUACCGUACACAGCGCUGGAGAUUUUGGACUUGAGUUCUAAUGAAAUCACUGAAAUUCGUAGAGGAUCCUUUCCUGCACAGCUUCGCAUUAAAGAGCUCAACCUGGGGAGCAACAAACUAAGCAGUCUCGAGGCUGGAGCAUUUGACAACCUGUCACGGUCUCUGCUUACCCUACGUCUGAGCAAAAACAGAAUCUCCCAGCUUCCUGUCAAAGCAUUCAAGCUGUUCUCACUAACCCAACUGGAGCUGAAUCGAAAUCGGAUUCGGCUAAUUGAGGGGCUCACGUUCCAGGGCUUGGACAACUUGGAGGUUUUAAAGUUGCAGCGGAACAACAUCAGUAAACUGACGGAUGGAGCCUUCUGGGGCCUGGCGAGGAUGCAGGUCUUACAUCUGGAAUAUAACAGCUUGACAGAAGUAAACAGCGGCUCUCUGUAUGGACUGCGGUCCCUGCAGCAGCUUUACCUCAGCAACAACUCCAUCUCCAAGAUCAGCUCAGGUGGAUGGAGCUUCUGCCAGAAACUUCAAGAGCUCGUCCUGUCUCACAAUAACCUCACACGAUUGGAUGAAGGGAGCCUGGCCGAUCUGGGUUCUCUGACCGUCCUGCGUCUCGGCCAUAACUCCAUCAAUCUCAUUGCUGAGGGUGCGUUUAAAGGGUUGCAGAAGCUGCGGAUAUUGGAACUGGACCAUAACGAGAUCUCGGGCACAAUAGAAGAUACCAAUGGGGCCUUUAUAGGCUUGGACAGUCUCAACAAGCUUUCUCUGUUUGGAAACAAGAUCAAGUCGGUGGCCAGAAACGCUUUCUCAGGCUUGGGGGCUCUGGAGCACCUUUUGUGUUUUUUAGAUGAUCUGCCUAAACCGCACAUCAUGCUGCAGCCAGAGAAGACUAUGGCGGUGCUGGGAAAAGAUAUCCGCUUCUCCUGUUCAGCCGCCAGCAGCAGCAGCUCGCCUAUGACGUUUGUGUGGAAGAAAGACAAUGAAAUCCUACACAAUGCAGAGACCGAGAACUUCGCCAACAUCAGGGAGAAGGAUGGAGAUGUGAUGGUCUACACCACCAUUUUGCAUUUGCGUAAUGUCACCUUUGAGAAUGAGGGGCAUUAUCAAUGCAUCAUCACCAACCACUUUGGUUCCACAUACUCUAAUAAAGCCGGACUGAUUGUGAAUGUUCUGCCGUCAUUUAUCAAAACCCCAAGAGACAACACCAUACGGACAGGUACGACUGCCAGGUUGGAAUGCGCAGCAGACGGCCACCCCACCCCGGAGAUCGCCUGGCAGAAAGACGGCGGCACGGAUUUCCCUGCCGCUCGGGAGCGUCGCAUGCAUGUCAUGCCCGAAGAUGACGUCUUCUUCAUUACAGAUGUCAAAAUCGAGGAUAUGGGCGUGUACAGCUGUACGGCACAAAAUUCCGCUGGAUCAGUUUCUGCGAAUGCAACCCUGAGUAUACUCGAAAUGCCAUUUCUGGCUUAUCCGCUAGAAGACCGCACAGUUUCUGCAGGGGCCACAUUGGCGUUACAAUGCAAAGCCAACGGCAGCCCCCCACCGCGCAUCACGUGGCUGAAAGGAGACGAGCCCAUUGUUGUAACAGAAAGGCACCACUUCACACCGGGUAACCAGCUGCUCAUCAUACGCAAUGUGGUACAGGAGGACGCUGGAAAAUAUACCUGCGAGAUGUCCAACACGCUCGGGACAGAACGCGCUUACAGCCAUGUCAGUAUCUUCCCUACUUCGGUCUGCCUGUUGGAGUCGAGUAAAAUGGAGGGGACCAUGACGUUCGGGAUUAUCACCAUCGCUGUGGUGUGUAGCAUCGUUUUAACGUCUCUCGUGUGGGUCUGCAUCAUCUACCAAACCCGAAAGAAGAGCGAGGAAUACAGUGUCACCAAUACAGAUGAAACCAUUGUUCCUCCAGAUGUGCCAAGUUAUCUGUCCUCUCAAGGUAUCUGUUCCAGCGACGGCACAGUGAAUACUGACGUGGAGGCCGGUAAUAUCGGCCACAGACAACCCCGGCCCUGUGUAGGAUGCAACUCCGAAGAACCUUGUAAAAGAGCCAGUGGAUUGUUUGGCACAGAAAGCCCAGGCUAUGGAUACCAGGUCGUGUGUACGGACUGCCUGGAAGGUCGUGCUUUGUACAGCAGGGACCCCAACUAUUGUCCACAGACAUUACCACCUCUGGACUGCUCAUAUGAAAGACCGAGGAGCGGCCAUGACGGCUACAGAAAUGGCAUCGACCAUUCUAGAACGCCAAACUAUCAUCAGAACCUGGGGACUGUAAGCUACAACAAGAUGGAUGCCUGUGAAAUUUUGUACCCCAGCAACCAUGAGAGGAUUCCUUUCUUAAGCGAACAGCAGACGCAUGUGUUGGUGUCUGAUACACAAGGUUCGCACCUGGAGCCAUUAUUCAGGUCACCCUCUUCAGAGCCCUACCACCAGCCUCCAAUACAGGACUGUUUUCUACAGCAAAAGUCACACUUAGCGGACCCUCCCCACCACGAAGGGGCAUCCAAAGUGACGCCGCUCUCUAAUGGACACGCAGUGACUGCCCAGCACAAUCCGCACAGCGGAUCAGACGAUUCGAUAUGACUGCUGUGUGCAAAGGAGCAAAUAAAAGGACUUCACAUUUUGCACUGAACCAGUAAAGAUCCGUCUACCUCAAACCCCUUAACUUGCUAAUGGAGGGGUAA